AUGGCGACUACAACGUGGAUUCUGAGUCCUUCUCCGGCGAGUUUCAAAGGCAGGGAGAUGCCGAUUGAAAAAUUCAGAAUCAGAUGCAGCAGCGUCUCACUCAAUACUCGAAGUGAGCCCCAACCCGUAACCACCUUCGUCAAAGCGUUUGCUCCCGCCACCGUCGCCAAUCUCGGUCCCGGCUUCGACUUCCUAGGCUGCGCCGUAGAUGGACUCGGCGACAUUGUCUCCGUCAGGGUUGACCCACAGGUUCACCCUGGCGAGGUACACAUCUCCGAUAUCACCGGCCACGCCCCUAAUAAGCUCAGCAAAAACCCUCUCUGGAACUGCGCUGGCAUCGCCGCCAUCGAGGUCAUGAAAAUGCUCGCCAUUCGAUCCGUCGGUCUCUCCCUCUCCCUGCAGAAGGGCUUGCCUUUGGGAAGCGGUCUGGGAUCGAGCGCCGCUAGUGCCGCCGCCGCCGCCGUGGCGGUGAACGAGAUGUUUGGAAAGAGAUUGGGCGUGGAUGAGCUUGUUUUGGCGUCGUUGAAAUCAGAAGAGAAGGUUUCGGGAUAUCACGCGGACAACGUGGCCCCCUCGAUCAUGGGGGGUUUUGUACUGAUUCGGAGCUACGAGCCGCUGGAGUUGAUCGAGCUGAAAUUCCCUGAGGAGAAGGAGCUGUAUUUCGUGUUGGUGAGUCCUGAGUUCGAAGCCCCGACGAAGAAGAUGCGGGCUGCGCUCCCCGGCGAGAUUGGGAUGGCGCAUCACGUGUGGAAUUGCAGCCAGGCUGGCGCUCUGGUGGCGUCGGUGUUGCAGGGUGACGUGGUGGGGUUGGGGAAGGCUUUGUCCUCUGAUAAGAUCGUUGAGCCCCGCCGUGCCCCCUUGAUUCCCGGCAUGGAGGCUGUGAAGAGGGCUGCCCUUGAGGCUGGGGCCUUUGGCUGUACCAUCAGCGGCGCUGGCCCCACCGCCGUUGCUGUCAUUGAUGAUGAGCUCACUGGACAUGCCAUUGCCAAACACAUGAUUCACGCCUUUCUCCACCAUGGCAAUUUGCAGGCUUCUGCUAAAGUCUUGCAGCUUGAUCGCCUUGGUGCUAGACGCAUUCAUGAUUGA